GGUUUCCAUCAAGAGGACUCCCCCCCCCUUCACCCUCCCAUCGCCCUCCCCCCGCAUCCCGCUUCCGCUCGUGCUGUCGGGUGGUCAAGAGGAAGGAUACCCGAGGAGCCAAGAUGGGAGUAGACAUCGAGACCAUAACUCCGGGCGAUGGACGGACAUUCCCGAAGAAAGGGCAGCGCGUCGUGGUGCACUACGUCGGCACACUGGCAGACGGGAAGGUGUUUGACUCUUCGAGGUCCCGGGGGAAGCCUUUCAAAUUCAAGAUCGGACACCAGGAGGUUAUUCGUGGUUGGGAAGAAGGAGUGGCGCAGAUGAGUGUAGGUCAGCGUGCAAAGCUGAUUUGCUCAGCAGACUUUGCCUACGGCAGCAAAGGGCACCCAGGGAUCAUCCCACCCAACGCCACACUCACCUUCGACGUGGAGCUCCUCAGCCUGGAAGCCUGAAUCUUGUGCACUCACUUUGUUAAAUUCCACUCAAACGUUCAGGGUCGACUCCUAUCACAGGAACAUGGAGGACACAUGAUUCCUGCUCUUGAACCCUGCAUAGGACCUAUCUCUAUAUCUUCACUAGUUCACUCUCCUUUACAUUUAGAUACAAAUUGUGUUUGUCACUUGCUUUAAAACGUUAUCCUCUAUGCUAUUCUUUAGGUUCCAUACUGUAAUAAGUCAUAGGUCAUCCCAUGUUUUUUGUCAUAUUCUGCUAUGUAUUUUUUGGGUGGUGUUUUUUUUAUCUCAUCAAUUUACAAAUUGUAUCUGCCACUCGGACCAGGUUUUAGAUAAAGGUCAUAAGUAUUAAAUCAAUAUCAUUACUGUGGCUCUGUGGCCUUUACACUAAAAUUCUAUUGAUUGUGGCUAAUUGUCUUGGAUAAAAAUAAGAAUAAAUUGUUUGACACUUUCUAUGAAUUACCUUUGUGAUACUUGGUUAUAUUGAAAGUAUGAGAUACACUUAAACCAGGGAUUCAUGAAUCAAGCACAGUCCAGCCAUGAACAGCCUACAGGUCUCUGCAGAGGGGAGACUUUCUUAUUCUACCGUGCAGCAUCCAUUCUCAAUUUAAGAAAGUUACCAUUGCAGAAACACUCACAACUGGACAUAAUAACUGCAGAAAUAUUGUUUUUUCCACGACGACAAUAUUUGGUUUCUGGUAAAAAGUUUGCUAAACAAUCCACCUUUGUGCCUACAAAGUAUUAAUUAUAAUUGUAGGCACAGCUUGUGGUUUGUGAUUCUUUGUUUGAAGGAGUUGUUUGUACCAAGUUGUGGAUGUGUAAAAGGUCUGUUCCUUACUCUAAAAUCAUUAAAGGAGUAAUUUUAACACAA